GUGAGCCAGUCGUCCAGGGGAGCGCCAGCCAGCAGGUCCUGACUGUCGGUGUGGAUAUGAGAGCCAGUCAGAUGUGUUAACCUGGUAGUGUCCCGGUGUACAGGCCGCUGCACGGCAGCAUCCAUCAGAGCGGGACUCGUACCGAUCGACCGGCCCGGUGGCUUCCGUCGCUACCUAACUGGCUAGCUAGCUGGCUAACCUCAACCCGCUAACUUCACCAGUUAACGACGGUUUAAGGGACAAGCAGUGUGGGGACAGCGGGGCCUCCGGCUAGUACAACUCGGUUUCCAGCUGCCCCGGAGAACUUAACAGCCCGGUUUAUUUUCCGGAGCAACAUCUUGCUGAGAUGGACAACCUAAGUGAAGCCUUGGAGAAGCUGAAGCUAGCGUCUACAGACAGCGCCACAGACAGUGUGGAGAGCUGUCUGGACUGCCUGCUCAAAGCACUCGCCAACAACAACACUGAGGCCAGUGUGAAGAUUCAGGAGAUGGGCAUUCUUCCCCUGCUCCCCACCCUGCUAAACCCUCAGUCCUCCUGCACCCCUAAAGUAGCCAACAUCAUAGCUGAGGUGGCCAAAAAUGAGUUCAUGCGGAGUCCCUGUGUGGAAGCCGGCCUCAUCCCACCUCUAAUUCAGCUGUUAAACUCCACCGACCAGGAGGUCUUACUGCAGACUGGCCGAGCUCUUGGCAACAUCUGUUAUGACAGCCAUGAGGGCAGGAGUGCAGUUGACCUGGCAGGAGGGGCUCAGAUAGUAGCUGAACACAUUAAAUCCCUCUACCAAAAUACUGAGCCGGAAAAUGAGAAGCUCUUGACUGUCUUUUGUGGCAUGCUGAUGAACUAUAGCAAUGAUAAUGAUUCCUUACAAGCUCAGCUGAUCAAUAUGGGUGUGAUUCCCACUCUGGUGAAGCUGCUCGGCAUCCACUCCCACAACACAGCCCUGACAGAAAUGUGUCUAAUUGCCUUUGGGAAUUUGGCUGAGCUCGAGUCCAGCAAAGAGCAGUUUGCCUCCACCAACAUCGCCGAGGAGCUGGUGCGUCUUUUCCAGAAGCAGACUGAGCACGAGAAGAAGGAGAUGAUUUUUGAGGUUCUGGCUCCGCUUGCAGAAAAUGAUGUGAUAAAGCUCCAGCUGGUGGAGGCGGGCCUGGUGGAGUGUCUCCUGGAGGUGGUGGCUCAGACUGUCGACGGAGAGAGGGAGGAGGACAUCGCCCAGCUCAAGACCGCCUCAGACCUCAUGGUUCUCCUGCUGCUGGGAGAUGAGUCCAUGCAGAAGCUGUUUGAGGGAGGAAAGGGCAGCGUCUUUCAGAGGGUCCUGUCCUGGAUACCAUCACAUAACCAUCAGCUGCAGCUGGCUGGGGCUCUGGCCAUCGCUAACUUUGCUCGCAACGAUGGGAACUGCAUCCACAUGGUGGACACUGGUAUUGUGCAGAAGCUUCUGGAGCUGUUGGAUCGGCACGUUGAGGAGGGAAACGUCACCGUUCAACAUGCAGCACUGAGCGCCCUGCGGAACCUGGCCAUACCUGUGGUGAACAAAUCCAAGAUGCUGUCAGCUGGAGUAGCAGACGUGGUGUUGAAGUUUUUGCAAUCAGAGAUGCCUCCAGUCCAGUUUAAACUCCUGGGGACGUUACGCAUGCUCAUUGACACACAAGCUGAAGCCGCAGACCAGCUGGGAACCAAUGGGAAACUGGUGGAGAGGCUCGUGGAGUGGUGUGAAGCCAAAGAUCACGCAGGAGUGAUGGGCGAGUCCAACCGGCUGCUGUCGGCUCUCAUUCGACACAGCAAGUCCAAGGAAGUCGUCAGAACUGUCAUCCAGGGGGGAGGAGUCAAGCACUUAGUCACCAUGGCAACUAGUGAGCAUAUGAUUAUGCAGAAUGAAGCUCUGGUGGCUUUGGGUCUCAUAGCAGCGCUGGAUUUAGUUGCAGCUGAGAAGGACUUUGUCGGAGCCAACCUGGUGUCAGUGCUUCACAAGCUGCUGUCAGACGAGAGGAGCGCACCAGAGAUCAAAUACAACUCCAUGAUCCUCAUCUGUGCAGUCAUGGGCUCAGAGCCUCUCCACAAAGAGGUGCAGAGCCUGGCAUUCAUCGACGUGGUGUCCAAGCUGAGGGCCCACGAAAACAAAACGGUAUCACACCAGGCAUCGCUCACAGAGCAGCGAUUAACUGCCCAGAGCUAAAUGACUGUGUCCAACCCCCCCCUCCGACUCACACCCAUCCACCCAAAAUGCCUGCCUGACCACGUGAUCACCCAAUGACACCUCAUGACUGCUCUCCCCUGUGCCCCAUCGUCAUGUGCCAAGGUACCACGUCGCGUUAACUGCCAGCCAGACAUCGUCAUGUCUCGACCCCCGACCCUCUGCCCCGCCCACCGCUACCAGGGUUAGACUGAUGUUUUAGAGCGCCAAUACUUUGUGUAAAAUCUGAGCAUUUUCUAAUAUUUUUAUUUGGAGUGACAAGAAUUCACUGUAAUUGAAUCCUUGUUAAGGUGGAAAAGCCUCUGAAACUGUUUUUAGACUACUGUGGGACACCAAAACUCUCCUCUGAAAGCCAUAAUAAUGAGAUUUAUUUUGUUGGGUUAGCAGGUCCUGAGGGCAGGAAGAGGCGCAUUUCAUUUCAGGCUUUAACAAGGCGAUAGCCCUUAAACUGAACAAUGUGUCUAAAGGUGGACGCCAUUGACUCGCUGGUCUAUUUACCAUCUCGGUCUGAUCCAUCAGUCUAACUCUGGUCCCCACCUCUACUUGUGCAUGCAUCUCCUGCUACGAGGAGCUCCACAGGAGCCGAGGCGCCAUAAACAGCCGAACGCAAUAGAUAAGAGGCGACACUCUUUUACGACCAUAGCUGUGAUACCAUCCGCCGGUAACCCACCAGUGAAAAAUGUGCACAAAAGAACAAAAAAAAAGACUUCCUGUUGUGAUUUUUCUUUCAUUUUUAAGAAAAGCAGUCAUCCAUGAUGUGCCCAGUCGUGUCCCAUGUAGCUCGAGUAUAAACUGACUAGAAACUGUGCAUGUUUUAGUCCUGUUGAAGGUGUGACAGUGUUCAUAUGACCUCUGCCGCUCGCAUCGUCCACCUGCCCUCCUCCACUCACACUUCCAGUCUUGUACACUUUUUUUUUUUUGCACUUGUUCUUGAAGAGUUGGACCUAGAGAUUUUAACAGAUUUUUAAUUCCACAGUCCAAAAACAUUCCCUCUGCUCCAACAGCUGUACAGUGACGUUAGAGGCUCCUCAGUCCAUCGCUAGAGAAUCAUGUCAGAAGCAGUUGCAUCACAGUGGAGAAUUUUAGUCAGGUCUGUCUUUCUGUCUUAGCUCCCAAGAAUCUAAGAGUGCAGCCAAGUUCAAGUCUAGACCAAAGUAGGGAAGUGAUAAUGUGUCUAUUCAAAGGGAAAUAUACUGAAAAGUUUAUCACCCACUGCAGCAGCUGUGUCAGUCCUGACCCAGCACUGUCAUACCACGGUAUCAUGUCCUCACGCUGCCGUCUCUCCAAAGUUGGACUCUUCAGUCACUGAGCGGCUCCUUAAAAUGAUUACGGGAAGAGGUUGUGAAUACAAACCAGUCCCUCUAGGAUUUUGCGUGCUGUUUUUGUGAUUGUCACGCCCUUAAAUGUCCAAAAUUGCGGCAGCUUUUCUAAACAAUCUAAUGUUGCAGUAUUUUAAGAUGUUUUUUGCAACAAAUUUGAAGGGGCAAGUGAAAAGUUGUGAUGCUGUGUCAGGUUCAGAGCUCAUUAUUAUGAGCAUUCAGCAUUUCCCACAUAACUAGAAUCUAUUGAUGAUUGUAAGGGGGAUGGAUUGGGUGAUCGUUGGCGUUUAGUUUCUGCUGAUCAGCUCUGAGCGACUGUCUCUUUGGGAGCUGCUCUCCUUCUGCUGUCUCUGCCCAGCUCGAACUAACACAGCAGCAGCGGCCCAUUCUGGGCCCUGUGCCUUUAAACGGUCCCAACAGUCUCACACCGACAGCCGAACGGCUCCACUCUGUCAUCAAUUUGUUGACAAACAUUGGGUAAUGUUAGCUGUGUGAUGCCGACAGUUAGCCCCGUCAGUGUGUGUGUGACUCUCACACUCACUCAAUACUGUGCCUGCAGCUCUACAAUGAAAAGACAUCUGACCUGUUUUAAAUCUGCUGUGAGGUUGAUAUGAUUGGACAAAAGUGCAAGGUCGUGCAGAAUUCACGGGCAUUAGGUGUAUUUGCGUGAAUUGCUACAAUUGCAAAAUCCUGGAGGGACUAACAAAUUCACUAAUCUUCUUGGCGACCAAUAAUUUGGGGGAAGCAAAGUCAGGUGGGUGCAAUUUAGUCAGAAAAAAGCAAUGUCUCAAACAAUGGCAAAUCAAAGAUGGUGCGGGGUGUCUUUUUUGCAUAAUCCUUGAUUUCACCUUUCGUAUUGACUUGUA